AUGGCCGCCUCCACCGCCCAGUGUCGAGUGGCAAAAGCUGAGAGCAAGGCGGCGGCGGGGCCGCGCGCGGGGGGUGCCCGGGAGCGCGCGACCACGGGGGUGCCCUCGCCAAGUCCCCCGAGUCCAGGCCCGGUGGUUCUCCCGGCGCCGCCGCCUUCGCAGGACGGGCCCAAGGCCGAGCCAGAGCAGGGUCCCGGGCCCGUGCCCGCGCCGGGCCUUUGUUCUGAGGAAAACACAAUGGUGGCCAUGGACUUGGGGUCUCCCUUACUCUCAAAGAAGAGCUUGCCUGUCUCUGGGACCCUGGAGCCGAUGGCCAGUCGGCUGAGCAGCAAAGUGGCUGCAGAGGUUCCUCAUGGCAGCAAACAGGAGCUGCCAGACCUCAAGGCCCAGAGCCUGACCACCUGUGAGGUCUGCGGUGCCUGCUUUGAGACACCAAGGGGCCUGUCCAACCACGCGCGCUCCCACCUCCGCCAGAUGGGUGUGACUGAGUGGUCUGUGAACGGGUCACCCAUUGACACACUGCGGGAGAUCCUGAAGAGACGGACCCAAUCCAGGCCAGGUGGACACCUCCACCCACCAGGGCCUAGCCCCAAAGCCCUAGCCAAGGUGGUGGGUAGCGGAGGUCCUGGCAGCUCACUAGAAGCCCGCAGUCCCUCGGAUCGUCACAUUUCACCCCUGGCCAAGAAGUCGCCACCGCCACCGGGCAGUCCCCUGGGCCACUCACCAACUGCUUCUCCUCCUCCCACGGCCCGGAAGAUGUUCUCAGGCCUUGCUACUCCUUCCUUGCCCAAGAAACUGAAACCUGAACAAAUGAGAGUAGAGAUCAAGCGGGAGAUGUUGCCCGGGGCCCUGCAUGGGGAGCCACACCCUUCUGAGGGUCCCUGGGGCACGCCUCGAGAAGAUAUGGCACCUUUGAACCUAUCAUCCAGGGCAGAGCCAGUACGUGACAUCCGUUGCGAGUUCUGUGGUGAGUUCUUCAAGAACCGCAAGGGCCUUUCCAGCCACGCUCGCUCCCACCUGCGCCAGAUGGGUGUGACUAAGUGGUCUGUCAAUGGCUCACCUAUUGACACACUUCAAAAGAUCCUGAAGAAGAAGUCCAAGCUGCGCCUCAUCAUGAAAGAGCCUCCAGCUGGAGACCUGGCUCCUGCUCUGGCUGAGGAUGGUUCCCCGACAGCAGCUCCAGGGGCUAUGCAUUCCCCACUGCCUCUGUCACACCUGGCUAGCCGGCCUGGAAAACCAGGAGCUGGGCCGGCCCAGGUUCCCCGGGAGCUCAGCCUGUCGCCCAUCACCGGGGCUAAGCCUUCUACCACCAGCUACCUGGGCCCAGUGGCUACCAAACGGCCCCUACAGGAGGAUCGCGUCCUCCCAGCAGAGGUCAAGGCCAAGACCUACAUCCAGACUGAACUGCCCUUCAAGGCAAAGACUCUCCCUGAGAAGACCUCCCACUCCUCCACCGAGGCCUGCUGUGAGCUCUGCGGCCUUUACUUUGAAAACCGAAAAGCCCUAGCCAGCCAUGAGAGGGCACACCUUCAGCAGUCCGGUGUGACAAAGUGGUGUGUCAACGGCUCUCCCAUUGAGACGCUGAGUGAGUGGAUCAAACACCGGCCCCAGAAAGUGGGUGCCUACCAAAGCUGCAUCCAGAGUGGCCGCCCCUUUACCAAGAAGUUCCGCAGUGCUGGCCAUGACGGUGACAAACGGCCACCCCUGGGGCUGACAUCUAGGGGCCUGUCCCGGGUUGGCCGAAGUGCUGGGGGGGAACCUGAGGCUGGCAGGGCAGCUGACAGUGGUGAACGGCCUCUGGCAACCAGACCACCCGGGACCGUGAAGUCAGAGGAGCACCAACGGCAAAAUAUCAACAAAUUUGAACGCAGACAAGACGGCCCACCAGAUGCCUCUGCAGCUCGGGGUGGUGAGGAUGCCAAUGACCUGCAACAGAAGCUGGAAGAGGUGCGGCAACCCCCACUCCGGGUCCGGCCAGUACCCUCCCUGGUGCCUCGCCCCCCCCAGACAUCACUGGUCAAGUUUGUGGGCAACAUCUAUACCCUCAAGUGCAGGUUCUGUGAAGUGGAAUUCCAGGGCCCACUCUCCAUCCAGGAAGAGUGGGUGCGGCAUUUACAGCGGCACAUCCUGGAGAUGAACGUCUCCAAAGCAGACCCUUUGCCUGAGGAGCCCCAGGCCCCACCACAGACAGCAGCUGUAGAGGCGCCCUAACAUAACAUGCAUUCCAGAUCCCCUCUUGUGCCACCUGUCACCUCCUGUUUCUCCUCUGUGUCCUUUCCCAUUUCCCUCUUUCUUUUCUGUUUCCAAAGGAGCAAGCCAAAACCUCAAACCGGCGCCCUUUGGGGGCCGGGCACACUACGUCCUGGGCGCCGGGAGCCAGCUAGCCACCUUCCCCCAGCCUGAGGACUCUGGGGCCACAAGGGUACUCUCUUUGAGCCUACCUGGGUUGGUCCAGCAGGGGCAGUAGCCAGGCCUUUGGUGGUGGCCAAUCUGGUUACAGGGGAGAACAGCACUUCCCUGUGUCUAGCAACCAGGCAGGGCUAUGUCUGCCAUCCGUGGCCAUUUGCAAAGACCCCAAACACCCCUGUUCCCUUUUGCCCCCAUGAAUAUCUAUUCUCACUCAUGCACGGGCAAACAUAACACACGCGCACCUCGUGAGACCUGGGAUCUGGCCUAGCCCCCACAGUUCCCAAGUCAAACAACCACGUCAUGCCACGGUGCUUGCUCAGGGGAAUCCACGCUCCCUCUGCUAACCUACUAGGGCUUGGGAGCCUCCACUGAGCCCCCACUGAGCCCACGGAAAUUCUUGCUGGCUGCCCUCCCCCCCCAAAGGGGGCCUUCCUAGCUUGGAAGAGUUCAGAGCUGACUGCUGCCUCCUGCCAUGACAGAGCUUCAGGGGCUCCAGGGCUGGGAGGGUAGAGUGAGGGGUGGGCUCUCCUCUCCACCCCUGCCACACUCCCCUUUUCACUGUUGCUUUCUAUGUAGAGCUCCCUAGAUCUUUCACUUUUUUUUUUUUUAAUAAAAAUGCGUUUUGUGUAGAAAAUAAGGAACGUGGAUCUUUUUAUUUUCCAGUCCUGGGCCAGCUAGAUACCGGGAGCUAAUUGACCUUUUAACCUUUUUCAGUGGCCAUCUUUUGGUUAUCAAUGUACAUAGAAAUAUGUAAAUUAGAUUAAAUUUCUCUUCUGGAAAUUCCCCCCCCCCAAAAAAAGACAGGGUUUCUUUG